AUGAGAAGUUACAAUGGCAGGUUUAUUUCUGCUUUCUCAGCCAACUUGGGCGGUGGCUCCAUUACUCACGCGGAGCUGGCGGCCAUAGUCUGGGGGUUGAGGAUGGCGUGGGAGAAAGGCGCUCGGAAGGUGGAGCUGCAAACCGAUUCUUUGACGGCAGUACAACUACUUCGUACCGAAGUUAAGCACCACCAGCACCGCACGAUGAUUACUGCAGCGCGCAGACUUCUGGAGCUGAACUGGGAAGUGCGCAUCAAGCAUGUCUUCCGGGAAAGCAAUUUUGUUGCUGAUUAUAUGGCUAGCAUCGGGCACUCGAUGCCUGUUGGCGUUCAUAUGUUUGAUGUUCCGAGUCCGAUGAUGAACUACUGGCUGUAUUAUGACCUCGUUGGAGUCCAGACUCCUCGUUUAAUCAAUAAUUAA